UGAAUCCAAACUCUCUCUCUCUCUCUCUCUCUUUCUCUCUCUCUCUUUCUCUCUCAUCAUCUUCAUCUUCACGAGCUCACAAUGCCACACAUCUCCGAAACUCCGACCGAUUUCAAAACCAGAUUUGGCUUCCAAGACCACUGCCGGCCGUCGGAAUCGUCACAACCGUCGGUCAGAAACACGCCGGAUGUCCUAAAAUCCGUACUAAAGGAAACUCCGUUUAAUCAAUCCGCCGUUUCUACUUUCAGAGACCGAGGAGACUGUUCUUCCCUCGCUGUUAAUCUCAACGAUAGUUUUGAGUUCCGAGAAGAUCCUGCUUUUUGGAAAGAUCACAAUGUUCAGGUUAUUAUACGAGUACGGCCUCUCAGCAGUUCUGAGAUAGCCGUACAAGGACCGAACAGAUGUGUCAAGCAGGGAAGUAGUCAGACAAUUACAUGGAUUGGGCCGCAAGAAGCUCGCUUUACCUUUGACCAUGUCGCUGAUGAACAUGUUAGCCAGGAAAUGCUAUUUAAAGUUGCUGGUGUACCCAUGGUGGAAAACUGCAUGGGAGGUUACAACAGUUGCAUGUUUGCUUAUGGUCAAACUGGUAGUGGAAAGACCCAUACAAUGCUUGGGGACAUCGAUGGGGGAUCCAGAAGACACAGUGUGAAUUCAGGGAUGACACCCAGAGUUUUUGAGUACCUCUUUACACGGAUUCAAAAGGAAAGGGAGGCUCGAAGGGAAGAAAAGAUACAAUAUACUUGUAAAUGCUCUUUCUUGGAGAUAUACAAUGAGCAAAUACUUGACCUGUUAGAUCCAUCAUCCAUCAACUUGCAGAUAAGAGAAGACACUAAGAAAGGGGUGUAUGUUGAUAAUCUCAAGGAAGUUGAGGUUACUAGUGCCAGAGAUGUUAUUCAACAACUUAUUCAGGGUGCAGCAAACAGAAAGGUUGCCUCCACAAACAUGAAUCGUGCAAGCAGUCGUUCUCAUAGUGUAUUUACAUGCAUAAUAGAAAGCAAAUGGGUCUCUCAAGGUGUGACACAUCAUCGAUUUGCUCGUCUCAAUCUUGUGGAUUUGGCAGGCUCUGAGAGGCAAAAAAGUUCUGGUGCUGAAGGAGAACGUCUAAAAGAAGCCACCAAUAUAAAUAAAUCACUUUCAACUUUAGGCCUUGUUAUCAUGAAUCUUGUCAAUGUAUCAAGUGGGAAAUCUCUUCAUGUUCCAUAUAGGGAUUCCAAGCUCACAUUUUUACUUCAGGAUUCUCUGGGUGGAAAUUCAAAAACUACAAUAAUUGCAAAUAUCAGCCCAUCUAGUUGCAAUUCAUUGGAGACACUGAGCACACUCAAGUUCGCUCAACGUGCAAAGUUCAUUAAAAAUCAUGCUACCAUAAACGAAGAUGCAUCUGGAGAUGUUCUUGCUAUGAGGAUGCAGAUUCAACAGCUUAAGAACGAAGUAUCUCGUUUGCAAAAUGUGAUUAAUGGAGGAACUGGGAGCAAUGGAGAUGAUGCUUUGACUGUGUCUUUUGCCGGAUCUCCAGGGUCUUUCAAGUGGGAGGGGAUGCACGGAUCAUUUAGUCCAGUGACUGCUGUUAAACGAAUGUCAAAUAAAAAAGAGUAUGAAGUAGCUCUUGUUGGUGCUUUUAGAAGGGGAAAAGAUAAGGACAUCACCUUGCAGGCAGUUACCGCCGAAAGUCAGGCUGCUCUACAAUUGGCAAAACAAAGGGAAGAUGAGAUUCAGGGUUUAAAAAUGAGAUUAAGGUUCCGAGAGGCUGCAAUAAAAAGGCUGGAGGGUGUUGCAUCUGCGAAGAUAUCUGCUGAGACACACUUGUUAAAAGAAAAAGAAGAACUUUUAAAGGAGCUUGAAGUCCUACGCUCGCAAGUCGAUAGAAACCAAGAAGUCACAAGAUUUGCAAUGGAAAAUCUGAGACUAAAAGAAGAGAUCAGAAGAUUAAAAUCAUUUUAUGAGGAAGGGGAGCAGGAAAGGAUGAAUGAACAGAUCAUGAUACUCGAGAAUAAGUUGCUUGAGGCACUUGACUGGAAACUUAUGCAUGAAACACAGCCUUCACCUGAUAAGAAACCAAGUUUUAACUUUUUGGACAGCCAAAGAGACGGUGACUUUUUCAGUCUUAAGGACCCUGUAACUCCUCAGAAAACACAGUUUGAGUUCCCCUUGGUAACUACGCCCAAUGUUACUCAUGUAAGUGAUCAAAGAGAGCUACAAACGAUGGUGGAUGCUAUUGCAGCUGCAAGUCAAAGAGAAGCCGAGGCUCAUGAAACAGCAAUCAUAUUAUCUAAAGAAAAUGACGAAUUAAGAGUGAAGCUCAAGAUGUUAAUCGAUGACAACAAUAAACUCAUUGAGCUUUAUGAUCACGCAGUUGCAGACAAUCAGCAGAAAAUUAGCCAAGUUGAAGAAAGUCAAAAGAACCAUGUUGACCAAACUGAGUUUGCUCAAAAGGAAACUGAAUUGAGAAGAGUAAACGAGAAUUUAGAGCGUCAGUUAGCGGAAAUGCAUGAAGAGAAUGAUAAGUUACUUGGAUUGUACGAAAAGGCGAUGCGAGAAAGAGAUGAGUUAAGCCGAGUUGGAGAAAGUCAAAAGAACAAUGUUGACCAAACCGAGUUUGCUCAAAAGGAAACUGAAUUGAGAAGCCUGAUUGAGAAUCUAGAGCAUCAGUUGGCGGAACUGCAUGAAGAGAAUGAUAAAUUACUUGGAUUGUAUGAAAAGGCAAUGCAAGAAAGAGAUCAGUUAAGCCAGAUUGAAGAAAGUCAAAAGAACGACGUUGACCAAACUGAGUUUGCUCAAAAGGAAACCGAACUGAGAAGACUAAAUGAGAAUUUAGAGCAUCAGUUAACAGAACUGCAUGAAGAGAAUGAUAGAUUACUUGGACUGUAUGAAAAGGCAAUGCAAGAAAGAGAUGAAUUAAAAAGACGUUUCUCAUCAGGUGGACAGAAUACGCCUGUUUUUGAAGGAAAUGAAGUUCAGAUGAAUGAUUUACUUGAAGAUAAUCUAGUGGAAGUCAAUGUGAACGAUGACCGCAGUCAAUGCUCGAACCAAACAAGUGAAUUUCUUGAUCCAGAUGAACAGAUGGUUGAUAAGUUGACUUUUUGUGAUGAAAGCAAACAAGUUGAUUUUAUAAAAAACAAUAAUCUUCAGGAAAAGUUGGAUAGAGUACAGGAAAUGCUUUCAAAAUCUUCUGAGAAUGUCGGUUUAUUUACUUCACUUGAAAGAGAGAUUAUCGACAUAGACAGGCUUUCAAGAAACAUACAAGAAGUCAAAGAUGAUGUUUUGGUCAAACAGAAAGAUCACACAUCAACAAAUCUCCACCUUUCUGAUCUCAAAGAACGCGAAAACACUAUUGAAAGAAAGCUAACGGCAGUAAAACAUUCAAUGUCAAACUUCUCAAAAUCUCUCAGUUACUUCGAACAACGAGAAGCUCAAGCCUGGGCCAAAUCACACGCUGCAUCAUCCCAUCUAGAGUCAAAGAAAAAUAAGUUGACCCGAGUUUUGGCUAUCAAGGAUGAAAAUGAACGCGCAUUGUCAAAGAUUAAACAAUCAGAAGCCGAGUUAAAGAACCAUAUAGCCACAUUAAAGCUAAAGACUGAGGAAGAGAACAAGAAACGUGAAAAUGACAAAGUUCUUCUUGCUAUUGAUAACGUCAAGUGGCCGUUAGCAGGCAAAGCAACCGAAUUACUUAAAGCUGAAGAAGAAAAGACAAAGCUGCAGCUUCAAAUGAAUCAAGAUCAAGAAAAACUCAUGAUUGUCAAAGCAGAAUCUGAAAAAAUGACGAAAAAGUCACACGAUUUGGAUCAAGAACAGCAGGCGAUCGAAGUGGAAAUCCAGAAAUGGUCAACGUCAAUGGAGGAGAUUGAAACCAAGCUCCAAAGCAUCAGUCAAGAGAAGCAGAUACUGUUGGAUAUGAAAGAAAGUGGAAUAACCGAAUUCAACGAUCUGCUCAUUGGGUUUCAAGAAACUUUGUUCAAACGAAAAUUAAAAGAUGAAGAGAUGACGAUUUUAAGUGAGGAAAUGGAGAUGGGUAUAAGAAGAUUGGAAGAAUUAGAGUUGGAAAGAAGUGUUUGUAUGCAGAAAGUGAGUAAUAUGGUUGAAGAAACAAGCGGAGGGUUGUUUGAAAAGAUGGUUGUAGAUCUUGAAAGCAUAUGUUCAUCGUUUAUGGAGUUGAAAGGUGAAAUUUGAUUUUAAUGUUCUUUAAUUAAUUGUAACAUGUGAAUUCUCUCUUAGAGUUGCAUGUUAUGGUAUCAACAAUGUAAUGUUAAUGUCUAAGGGUGUGAUUAUGCUUCACAUAUAUUUUGUUUUGAUUGUGUUUAUGUGAUUUUAACAAAAUCGGUGUUCAUCGGUUUGAAUUUCAGAUUC